AUGUUCUUUCACUUGUCGCUCGAUCACGAAGUGUGCCUUCAUCCGAAAUAUUUCGGUCCAAAUCUCAAUGAGACGAUCAAAAUGAAACUUUUCAACGAAGUCGAAGGAACUUGCACCGGAAAGUACGGAUUCGUCAUCGCAGUGACCACAAUCGACACAAUCGGUCACGGACUCAUUCAGCCCGGACGUGGAUUCGUCAUUUAUCCAGUGCGGUACAAGGCGAUCGUGUUCCGCCCGUUCAAAGGACAAGUCGUCGACGGUGUCGUCACUCAAGUCAACAAAGUUGGAAUCUUCUGUGACAUCGGACCACUCUCAUGCUUCAUCAGUCGUCAUUGUAUCCCACCAGACAUGGAAUUCGACCCAAACAGUGAGAAGCCAUGCUAUAAGACGAAUGACGAGGCGACAAUCAUUCGUAACGACGACGAAAUUCGGGUGAAACUCAUCGGAACACGUGUCGACGCCAACGACAUCUUCGCCAUCGGAACCUUGAUGGACGACUACUUGGGAUUGUGCCCGGCGGAGUGA